GGACAGGAGCCGAACGCGGGAGAGAGAGACUUCGAACGGAUCUCUCUUUGCGGAGGAGGAGGAGGAGGAGCAAAAGGAAGGGAAAAACCCAGAAGCACUUCCUCCUUCCGUCGCCGGAGCGGAGUCUGAGUUGCCCUUCUUCCGGUUAACCCUUAAAGGGCCGGCGCCGAGGAAGAUCCAGGGCUCCGCGUGGGGUGUUGGUGGUGAAGGAGAAAGGUAAUGCAAAAUGGCAGAAGCAGUUUUUCAUCCCCCAAGAAGGAAGAGAAGAGUUUAUGAAUCAUAUGAUUCUCCAUUCCCUAUCAGUUCCUCAGAUGGAAGCAUUUAUGGACGAGAUUACAAAAUAUGUCAGGCUGAAAUUAUAAAUAGCAAUGUAAUUGUGAAGAAUCCAGAGGAUAUAGAACAGCUGUAUAGCAAGGGAUUUUUUGGGAAAGGAAUUCUUUCAAGAAGUCGGCCAGACUACAGUAUUUCAGAUCCUGUGUUGGUUGCUAAGUGGCAAGAUGUCAGUUUUGGCAUGCCUGUAGUCUCAUCAGAAAAGUACCAGCGUCAUGUUGAAUGGGCUAAAAGCCUUAUGCAGGAACAAGGAUUGGAUGACUACACAAUUAAUAGUGUCCUUCAGAAUUUCACCAAACCUCUUAAUUUGGGAGAAGAAACUGAACAGAAUAAUGAAUCUCAAGACGAAGAGACUGCAGAAAUGGAAGCUGUUGGCAAUAAACCAGAGGACUUAGUGACUUUUUCAGAAACAAAUGGGAACAAAGAACAUAACCUGGAAAGUGAACCUCCUUAUGCCCUUCUAGUCAAUAGUAGUCCUUACAAAAUGGAUAUAACAGACUCUAAACCCGUAGCUAAGACUCAUUUGGCAGAACAACGUCCAUCCAGUUUGCAUUACCAGCUCAAGCAAGACAGUUGUACUGAACAAAAAUCUCAUAUUUGGAUCAAUAAUGAAUAUAAUCAUGAGUAUUUAUUAAUUCAAGAAGAGGAAACAAAUGUGAGUCCAGCUGAAGCAGCAGGAAGUGAGAAAUCACAUUUAAUCAAAAAAGAAAAGCUAGUAUGCAGAAGAAACCCAUUUAAGAUUUUUGAAUAUUUGCAGCUGAGUCUAGAAGAGGCUUUUUUCUUGGUAUAUGCCCUGGGAUGUUUAAGUAUCUUUUACAGUGAGGUGCCUUUAUCUAUCUUGAAGCUAUGGGAGGUUUUCAGUGAUGCACAACCCAACUUUAAGGCUACCUAUAUGGCAUAUCACUACUUCCGUAGUAAAGGGUGGGUGCCUAAAGCUGGGCUGAAAUACGGAACUGAUCUUUUGUUGUAUCGAAAGGGUCCGCCUUUUUACCAUGCCAGUUAUUCUGUGAUUGUUGAAUUAAUUAAUGAUGAUUUUGAAGGGUCACUGCACAGACCGUUCAGCUGGAAAUCUUUGUCUGGAUUGAACAGAACUACAGCAAAUGUUUCUAAGGAACUCAUGUUCUGCUAUUUGAUCAAGCCAUCUGAUAUGACUGAAAAAGAAAUGUUGUCCCCAGAAUGCCUCAAAAGAAUUAAAGUUCAGGAACUGAUUCUAAAUCGUUGGGUCUCAUCCUCUGAGCGCAGUGAACAAGAGGAGCUUUGAUAAAAUGGAUCUGAAACUUCAGUAUUAUCAACAGGUGCAUUAAACUAACCUACAAAACGUUUUCUGUAGACCUG